AUGAGCUUCAAAGCAAACCUAAAGCAAGAUAAAACCAAGAUCUUCUCGCUGCUUAAAAUGAAGACUGUUGUGAUUGUUUUCCUUGUUGCAAAUGUCUGUAUUCAGUGUGCAACCCCAUCAAAAUUACACAUACGCAAAAAGCGAGCCUGGGUUGUGGAUUCCCUGUCCAUGGAAGAGGAGCACACUGGUCCUUUCCCAUAUAAACUGGGAGAUUUAAAUAUUGAAAAGAAAGUUAUUGAAGAAUUCUCCAUUCAUGGACAGGGCAUCAACAAGGACCCCAAAGGGGUUCUCUCUGUUGACAGCAACGGAUCAGAUUACGCUCAUGGAAAAGUUGACUAUGAGGAGUACAAGAGACUGAGAAUCACACUUUCUAAAAAAAACACAAUAGUUGCUGUGGAUAUUGAUAUUCUGGAUGUUAACGAUCACGCUCCUGUUUUUAAUCGGGACGUGUAUGAAAUCACAGUAGAUGAAUCAACACCACAAGGUAAGCCUCUGGUCACAGUGCUGGCAACCGACAAAGACCAGCCUGGCACAGCAAACUCACAGUUUACUUUGAGAAUCGCCUCAGUGUCUCCCUCUACCUCCAGACCUCAGUUCUUCAUGCAGCAAAAAAAAGGAGAGCCGACAGGAACCAUAUAUUUAAAGGGAUCCCUUGAUUAUGAGGAGACCCAAAAAUACACUAUUCUGGUUGAAGCAAAGGAUCAUGGGGAGAAGAUGCAGCUCUCCAGCACAAGCACAGUGAUACUGCGUCUCAUCGGCAAACACAACCAUCCACCAGAUCUCACUGAGAGAACAAAAGAUGCCGGUGACCCCUCAGUAUUCAAGAAGAUGAUGAAACAAGUGGGUGUAAUGGAGAGAAAGGAGACUGGACCGAUGCUGGACGCCAACAAACUGGCCAUGUGUCUGUCUGAGGAGACGGCUGACGUUACAGCUUUCAAUCCAGACCUGUACAGCCCGCCUUUACACUUUGAGCUGACUGGAGACGUCCAAGGGAAAUGGAGGCUUCAGUCUAACUAUGGUACAUCUGUGAGACUGAUCAAAGAGAGCGCUGUACCUGCAGGAGAUCAUGAAGUCGCCCUUAAGAUCUCUGACAGCCGGGGCCAGCAUUCAGCCCAGACCCUCUCGCUUCAUGUGUGUGACUGUGAUGUUUCUGCAGACUGCACUGUGCUCAGAAACCCAGCAAUAAAGCUGAACGUCACUGCCAUCGCUGCCAUAAUCAUCAGCAUCCUGGUGCUGCCGG